AUGUUGCCACACGCUCAUUCUUCCGCUGCUUGCGCUGUCGCCGCAGUGUUGGUUUUACUGACGCUACACUUGGUGCAAACAGAAGCUGCUGUUCUGAGGAAAAGUGAAGUACGAGAUGGAGCCAAAGAAGAGCACACGAGUAGAAUCUGGGAAGGACGCAUCGUGUUCGGAACCAGCGCAAAUAGAACCGGUUCGGACGAUUACCGCGGCUCUUACCAAGCGGACGCUGCAGCGUUUGAUCCUAUUAAACAGUUACUAUGGAAACAAAUCCAGUCUUCGGUCGUGUGUGGACCCAACUCCAUGAGGUUCAGAGCGACUGGAGCCCCUGUGCAGCACUUUGACUUGGGCCAGCACCCUGCUGGCCAUGUGGAGAGGACUCCUCACGGUCUGUCUGUGUAUAUUCCUUAUAAAGGCUGCUAUAUUGUGUACGAGGAUGGAACCUACAAUUACCCUCUGAACUGGUACGGCGUCCCACUGACCCUGAAGUGCCCCAAACCUCUAGAUGGCGCUACACCUACUGCUCCACAUUUCCCCUGGUUCCCAACUACAACUGCAGCCCCAGUCCCUCUCCCUCACUUCCCUCACUUUCCUCCCUAUUGGCCUCCGUUCCCAACCGAGCCUCCCACGAGUCCUCCUCAUGGAGCUUAUUUGGAGCAUGUCCUUCACCAUUUACUGCAGUUUCUCCAAAACCAAGGAAUAUCCAUAGAUUCUCCACAAGCUGCUGUUUAUCUGCAGUAUCUACUUCCUCUUCUGCUCCAGAACCACCUGUACACGCCUCAGGUCCCUCCACACACACACCCAUGGUACCACCUGCUGCAACAUGCUGCUCCUGCUGCUCCUAGUGCUCCUCAGAACCCUCUGGAAGCUCUGUGGGGGCUCCCCCUGCAGCACGGCUCCACUUCAACUGGGCACCAGUUUGACCUGAACCAGUUUGUGUCACUGCCCCGUGCCCGUGAACGCACCACGGUCCUCCCAGUCAGAUCCAUCCCCGUGUUGUAUGUGACGCUGCGUCUGUCUGUCUGCGCCUUCAGCCCUGCGCCUCCGUCUCUCCUCUCUCACGCCGCUUCCCUCGCCUCUCACUCGGGGGGGAGGGAAUAUUUUCUCGGCUCCCCCCAAAAACACCCCUGCUCUCCCUGCUCUGGAUCACCGCUGGGUCUGAGAGAUGCCAAGGACGGUCAUGGAUCCAUCUCUGCCCUGCGCUCUUGUGCCCUAGCCCGGUGGAGGAAAGGGGAGGAGGAGCAUUAUUCGACCCCCGCCAGUUCGACUCCGCGCCGCUUUAAAACAAGCCGACACCACUGA